CUUUGAUCUUAUCGAAUCGAGAGGUCAAGGCAAUUGCGUCAUAUCGGCGCUCGCGUUGUGUAUCCUCUUGGUGCACGUGCACGCGAUAGGAUUUUAACCUAAAAUGUAUUAUUAACUAACGAAUCUAUAAAUAGCUUAUAGUAGAUAGAAAAAAGUAUUUAACGGAUACCAAGAAUGUGUUAAACAAGACUCGCGUGAUAGACCAAUUCUGCUGUAGCGAUCUUCCACUCGUUUGAGAAAAUUUAAUUAGCAAGCGUCCUACGCAAUAUUCGCGAAUAUUCCAAGUGCCAGACGUUAUAGAGUUAUUAAUCCUAAUGUUUUGUCUAUAUUUAGAUGCUUGUAGCCUGUGAAAUAAAAUGACAACUGGUAUAUUUGACGAUUCGUCGAGAGAGAUGCAGUUAAUUGAUUCUGUAGACGAUCAGGAUGUCAAGGGAGAAUAUAACGAUGUUGAAAAAGUAAGGCUGAAAAAGCAAUUGGGGCUAUUGGAAGGUGUUGCCAUUAUUUUAGGAAUCAUAUUUGGCUCUGGUAUCUUUGUUUCCCCGAAAGGAGUGAUACAAGAGGUAGGAAGCGUCGGAGUUUCUUUGAUUAUCUGGGUAUUAUGCGGACUAUUGUCUAUGAUAGGAGCGUUAUGUUAUGCCGAGUUAGGCACUAGUAUACCUCGCAGCGGUGGAGAUUACGCUUACAUUCAUGAAGCCUUCGGCGCUUUGCCAUCGUUUUUGUAUCUAUGGGCAGCCAACUUAAUUUUCGUGCCCACAACCAAUGCUAUAAUGGCAUUAACCUUCGCGCAAUACGUUUUGCAACCUUUCUUCCCAAAUUGUUCUACGCCGGACAAUGGUAUACGAUUAAUUGCAGCGGUAACUAUAUGCUUGUUAACGUUUGUCAACUGUUAUGACGUAAAAGAAACAACAAAGAUGCAGAAUAUAUUCAUGUUUGCCAAAAUUGCUGCUUUAGUGAUUAUUAUCAUAGCUGGUAUAUCGUGGUUGUGCAUGGGACAUACGGAAAACUUUGAGAACGCUUUUGAAAAUACGAACACGGAUCCUGGAAAAAUUGCAGUGGCCUUUUAUUCUGGCAUAUUUUCAUAUUCUGGAUGGAACUAUCUAAACUUUAUGACCGAAGAAUUAAAAAAUCCUUAUGUAAAUUUACCACGUGCAAUUUACAUAUCACUGCCUUUAGUUACAUUGAUCUAUGUAUUAGCCAAUGUUGCCUACUUGUCGGUUUUGACGCCUACCGCGAUGAUUGCUUCGGAUGCGAUUGCAGUAACGCUUGGAGAUCAACUUCUUGGAGUUAUGGCAUGGACUAUACCUGUUAUGGUUGCAAUUUCCGCAUUUGGGGGAUUAAGUGUUCACAUUAUGACUUCUUCCAGAAUGUGUUUCGUUGGUGCCAGAAAUGGACAUUUCCCAUCUAUGCUUAGUCAUAUCAAUGUAUCGAGAUUUACUCCUACACCUGCUUUAGUAUUCUUGUGUAUAUUGUCAUUAAUAAUGUUAUGUACAAGUGAUAUAUUUGUAUUGAUAACAUAUUGUAGCAUAGUGGAGUCUUUCUUCAUUAUGUUAUCUGUAGCUGGUAUUUUAUGGCUCCGGUAUAAAAAACCUAAUAUGAUUAGACCGAUAAAGGUACCUUUAUGGAUUCCUAUAACGUUUGUAGCAUUAUGUGCAUUUCUGGUAUUAGUACCCUGUUACGAAAGACCUUACGAAGUUGGUAUGGGUGUUUUAAUAACAUCCUCCGGUAUUCCUGCCUACUUCAUGGGCGUUACAUGGCAAAAUAAACCAAUUUGGUUUCAAAAAAUUAAUGUGAAAGCCACGCAUACCAUACAAAAAUUAUUUCUGUCGGCGAGAGAGGAGGGAGAAGACAUGGAAUAAGAAGUGCUGCUAUAGAUUUAAGGAGUUGUGUUCACCUUGUUAAAUACAAAAAGAUACGUAAGGUGUAGAAGCGAUCCGCGUUUUAUGACGGGUAGUUUUUUUUUUUCAGCUCGAUCACGUUCGAUCUCGAACAUUGUCGCAAGUAAAUGAUUACGAACAAAAGUCUCAUCGUAUAGCUUACGAUUGCAAUUAAAAUUUUGCAAGAGAUGUAGCUGUACGCUUAUCUCAUAGUACUGCUGAAUAGAUCUGAUUUUUACUUUUCUUUCUUCUUAUUUUUUUAGCUUUUAUAUAUAUAUAUAUAUAUAUUUCUUUUUUUUUUCAAAUGAUGUCGCUCCUGUGUCAUUAAUAUCUAACUUGAUUUAUCUCGAUUAAUUAUGAUCUUUUAACGCAACGUAUAACGAAAAAGAACAACUACUUUUGAGACUGAACUUCUUUUUUGUAUAAAUAUACUUUCUCAAGACGAAUAUUCAAUAUAUGUUUAAAUACAAAAAAAAUUUUUAUAACGAACAUACAUAUAUUUCUGUAAUGUAUUAUUCCGUACGUAUGUAUAAAUAUUUGGUAUUAUUAAUGUUUUACAUUUUCUACCCUUUAAACGAACAUAGUAUUGCUUUUACAUAUACCGUAGUUAUUAACAAAAAAAUCUGAAUUUUACUAACAAUAUUUAUGAUUGUACUUACGUAAUUUAUAGUAAGAUAAAAUACGAUCGCUUGUAAGGAUCACAGAUUUAAUAAUUACAUCGCGAAGGUAUAAGAAUGUUUAUAAAAUAAAUAUAUCUAAUUAUUAUUGUACCUAUUAUUUAAUUUAUUACUUGUUGAGGACUAAAAAUUUGACAACAUUUUUAUACUAUUAAAGAUGUGGUUAUCUUCACUGUGAUAAGAAUAGCAAAGUAUUUUAUAAUCGUAUCAAGAUAAUUUUCAAUCCAAAGCGAUUUGUGUAAGUUGAGCUUAUGAAAUACAAUGAAUUUAAUAUUUUAUUAUAA